AUGAGGUCGCGCAGGCUGCACAGACUCACCGAGACGAGCACCCGGUUGUACCCCGCAAAACAGUUCCACCAAGCUUCCGUGACUAGUGCGACAGUUGCAAAGCAGCUGUGUGCCGGCCGCAUCGAUGCACCGCCCGGCCAGAGACAACACGACGUAUAGCGGCAACCGAGCGGACGGCGACUCCACCAACAUCUACGGCAACGUCUACGGCGAUGUGCACCUUCCGGGACGGCCUCGCGAGGCUGGCGAAGCAUCGUCCCAGCAGUGCCUGCGCGACCUGCGGGUGACGGACCCGCGCGAAGACCGGGCGCGCAUUGAAGGCGACAAGGACAAGCUGCUCCGAGACUGCUAUGCCUGGGUGCUGGACGACGCCAGCUUCCAGCGAUGGACGACGCAGGAAGCGUCGCGGCUGCUGUGGAUUAAGGGCGACCCAGGCAAAGGCAAGACGAUGAUGACGAUGGGUGUGAUCGCUGAGCUGUCGCAAGGAGAUAGAGCUAGGCCACCGCCGAGGACAAUGUCGAAGAUACUCGCGAAACUCAAACUCAACUCGAAGCAGGAUAGUAAGGGAGCGUCAGUACAGCGUCUUGUGACCUACUUCUUCUGCCAGAGCACGCUACCAGAGCUUAACAACGCGGUGUCGGUCCUUCGCGGGCUUAUCUAUAUGCUUAUCACACAGAGAGAAGAGCUUAUGCACCCUGUGCAGAAGCGGUACGAGGCCGUAGGCAAGCAGCUGUUCGAAGGGCCCAACGCCGUCUAUGCGCUGCGGGAGUUACUGUCAGAUAUGCUUAACAACGCCUCGCUGCCGCCGACGUACCUGCUUGUCGAUGCGCUCGAUGAGUGCACGUCUGGUCUGUCUGAGCUACUGCACAUCAUCACCGAUGCCAGCCUUGGACGACAGUCAAGCGUCAAGUGGCUAGUGACGAGCCGCAACGUGGCAGAGAUCGAGCGGUAUCUGCAGCCUGAUUCGCUCGGCGUCAAAGUGAGCCUUGAAGUACAGGCCAGCUACGUGUCAAGAGCGGUUGCGACGUUUGUGACAUACAAGGUGCAGCGGCUGGCGAUCGUGCAAAGAUACGAUACAAGGUUGCAAGCGGAAGUGCAGCAGCAGCUCCGCGACAAGGCGGAAGGCACGUUUCUGUGGGUGUCGCUGGUGUGCAAAGAGCUGGAGAAGGUGCCGCUCUACCGCACACAAGAGGUGCUGCAAGCACUGCCGCCGGGGCUCGACCCGUUGUAUGACCGGAUGAUGGGACAAGUCUUAGGGCAGGACGCAAGGACUGUGGGGUACUGCAGGUCCAUUCUGCGUACCAUUACCCUUGUCUUCCGGCCGCUGCAGCUCAGCGAGCUCGCCGCAACUGCAGGCCUCCCUCGCGACCAGUUCAGCGACGAGCAAGCAGUCGCCGACCUUGCUGGCCGCUGCGGCUCGUUCCUGACCGUGCGUGAAGGCGUUGUAUCCUUCAUCCACUUGUCUGCCAGAGACUACUUCACACUAGGCAGUGGCAAGCAAAUUGUCGAUGGUACGCUUGUGGAAGAUCAUAGGUGGCUGACCGAGCGGCUGCUAGAGGCGAUGAGUAGCACGCUGCGGAGAGACAUGUGCGGCCUACAGAAGCCGGGAGCGCGCAUACAGGAGGCGAUCAGUCAGGUCCCCAACAGCAGUUUGCCGCAGAUUGCAUACGCAUGCGAGUACUGGGUCAAACAUAUUUGGGCAGGCAGGCAAGACUGCAAAGAUCUCGUAGCAGAUGGUGGCAAAGUGUACAGCUUCUUUCAGAAGCACCUGCUGCACUGGCUCGAGGCAAUGAGCCUGCUGCAGAAGAUGCCGAAGGCCGUACUCGCGCUGCAGCAGCUGCAGCGAUCACUACCUGUGGCAGGAAGUACAACGGUGUCCAAAGUCGUUCACGAUGCUAUGCGGUUUGCGAUGUGGAGUGGAUCUAAGAUACAACACGCGCCACUGCAAGUGUACUACAGCGCGUUGGUGUUUGCGCCAAAACAGAGCGUUGUUCGGCAUCAAUUUAGUCAGGAGAUGCCAAAAGGUGUUAAAGUGAUGUCUGGACUCGACACGAACUGGGGUCCUUUACUGCAGACGCUCGAAGGUCAUGUUGGCAGUGUCAGCAGCGUGGCCUUCUCAGCAGUAGGAGAUCGACUGGCGUCGGCUUCGUUCGACGAGACGAUGCGGGUGUGGGACGCGCAGACUGGACAGCUGCUACAGACGCUCACGUGCCGUACAGCCUGGGUUCAUGGCGUGGCCUUCUCCCCAGCAGGAGAUCGACUGGCAUCAGCUACAUCGGAUACGACUGUGCGGGUGUGGGAUUUGAAGACUGGUCAGCCGCUGCACACACUCAGAGGCCAUACGAGCGGUGUCAUCAGCGUGGCCUUCUCGGCAGUAGGAGAUCGACUGGCAUCGGCUUCGUACGAUCAGACGGUGCGGGUGUGGGACGCGCAGACUGGCGAGCCACUGCAUACGCUCAAGGGCCAUACCGACAGGGUCAACAGCGUGGCCUUCGCAGCACAAGGUGAUCGACUGGCAUCGGCUUCGUUCGAUAAGACGGUGCGGGUGUGGGACGUGCAAACUGGACAGCCGCUGCACACGCUUAGAGGCCAUACGAGUGGUGUCAGCAGUGCAGCCUUCUCAGCAGCGGGAGAUCGACUGGCUUCGGCUUCGUACGAUCAGACGGUGCGGGUGUGGGAUGUGAAGACUGGCGAGACGCUGCACACGCUCGAAGGCCAUACAGACGAUGUGAACAGCGUAGUCUUUUCGGCGGCAGGUCAUCGACUGGCAUCGGCUUCAGGGGAUCGAACCGUGCAAGUGUGGGAUGUACAGACUGGACGGAGAUUACAUACGCUUAGAGGCCAUACGGAUCGUGUCCGCAGCGUGGCCUUCUCGGCGGCAGGAGAUCGACUGGCAUCGGCUUCAGACGACUGGACGGUGCGGGUGUGGGACGCACAGACUGAACAGCCGCUGCAAACGCUCAAGGAACACGCUGACGGGGUCAACAGCGUGUCUUUCUCGACAGCGGGAGAUCAACUCGCGUCGGCUUCGUUCGAUAAGACCGUGCGAAUAUGGGAUACGCAGACUGGACAACUGCUGCACACGCUCGAGGGCCAUACAGGCUGGGUCUACAACGUGAGCUUCUCGACAGCGGGAGAUCGACUGGCAUCAGCUUCGUACGAUGAAACAGUGCGGGUGUGGGAUACGAGGACUGGACAGCUGCUGCAGACGCUCAAGGGCCACAUGGACCGUGUCUACAGCGUUGCUUUCUCGGCAGCAGGAGAUCGACUGGCAUCAGCUUCGUACGAUGAGACGGUGCGGGUGUGGGACGCGCAGACUGGACAGUCGCUGCUUACGCUCCAGUGUUUAGCCUGGGUCUACGGCGUGGCUUUCUCGGCGGCAGGAGAUCGACUGGCAUCGGCUUCAUCCGACUGGAUGGUGCGGGUGUGGGACGCGCAGACUGGACAGCUGUUGCACACACUCAAGGGUCAUACAGGGUGGGUCCGCAGUGUGGCCUUCUCGGAAGCAGGAGAUCGACUGGCAUCGACCUCAGACGAUCAUACGGUGCGGGUGUGGGAUUCACAGACUGGACAGCUGCUGGACACGCUCAAGUUCCAUGCAGGCUGGGUGAGUAGUGCCGCUUUCUCUGCGGAUGGAACAUAUCUCGAAACUAGCCUUGGGUCGAUGCCGCUACCUGCAUCAGUCAUGUCUGUAUCUUCACUGACUCCUCAGCCAACACAUCGCAUCCUCGUUUCAGGGAGAUGGCUGACCGUGAAUUCAGACGGUUUACUCUGGAUACCUAUCAACUACUUCCCUAGCUGCACAGCUGUCAGAUGCCACAUGGUUGCGUUUGGGUACACUUCUGGAAGGGUGUUGCUCCUAGGGUUAACUUAAAAGGUGCGCACGCACAGUCUUUUCAUCGUUACUAGCUGCAUUCACAUAGCAAGUCUAGAGAAGCAGCAUAUUUAGUGC